AUGAAACCUUGUAAUAAUAACAUGUUUCAUAAAGAAAAAGAAUAUCUUCAUCAAAUUGCUAAAGCUAGUGAGGCAAUUAGGCGAAAACAUCGUAUGUUAAAAUUAGGAAAAGAAGAAGCUGAAAAUGUGUUGAAUGAAACUUUCAAACCGAUAAUUCAACCCUUACAAAAAAUUAUCAACUUGACAGACAGUGAACAUGAAAAUGUCAAGAUUGAAAAUGUUAAGGUUGAAAAGAAAGAGCAGAAAGAGGAUGAUAGCAUAAACUAUGAAAGUGAAACUGAAAAAUCUCCAGAUGAUGAUAAAAUAAGUAAUAAAUUUCUAUACUUAUUAAAUCAUAAUAGAAAGCAAUGUUUAGAUUCAACAUACGGCAUACGUAAGCUAAGUGAUGGAUCACUUAUGAUUGGUGAUUCACCAAUAACUCUUGAAGAUCAGUUUGUUAAAAUUGGUGAUAAACGAUAUCUUCAAACACCUGGAUUACUUGAACUUUUAUUCAAAAGUAAACCUACCAGAUCGUUUAUAAGUGAAGCUGAUGAAAGAAACUAUAAAGAGAUUCUGAUUGCUACUAAUGCACACAAAAAGAAGUACAGUUCCUCUGAAUCUAUACGUACAGAUAAGAGUUACAAGUAUUUGAAUUUUAUAUCUCAAUUCUUCCCUCGAACACCUACCAAACAGCCAUCUGUAAGCGGUAGUUCAUUACCUAAAUUUAUGAUUACAAACAGAAAUUUUCAACGAGAAUAUAUCUAUUGGGAUGAUCCGAAUGAGUUGGUUGACCGUCUUAGACUAUUAAUGGCUUCUGAAGCUGCUGGAAAUCCUAGUCACAAUAAUGAAAUCAUGUCUAUCAUUGAGGAACUACGUGAAGCUAAAAUUAUAUAUUAA